AGCCAAUUAGCAGCCAGGCGUCGCCCCUUCCUGGCCGAGUUGGCUGAGCUGUCAGUAGAAGGACGCCGACUUUGUACAAAGUUUAUUUUCUCGUCCUCCGAUGGCUCCGAGCGCGCAGCUCAAAGAGGCGCUAGCCGACGUGCAAGACGGGAUCCGGGCGAUCCUGCUCGGACCGCCCGGCGCCGGGAAGGGGACCCAGGCCCACCGUCUCGCCGAGCGCUACUGCGUGUGCCACCUGUCCACCGGAGACAUGCUGAGGGCCAUGGUGGCGUCGGGCUCGGAUCUGGGCAAGAAGCUGAAACAGACCAUGGAUGCCGGCAAGCUGGUCAGCGACGAGAUGGUGGUGGAGCUCAUCGAGAACAACCUGGACACGCCCCCCUGCAGGAACGGCUUCCUGUUGGACGGAUUCCCCCGCACGGUCAAACAGGCGGAGCUGCUGGACGAUCUGUUGGAGAAACGUCACGAGAAGCUGGACUCUGUGGUGGAGUUCGCCGUGGAUGAUGCCCUGCUGGUGCGCAGGAUCUGUGGCAGGCUCUUUCACCAGCCCAGCGGUCGCUCCUACCACGAGGAGUUCAACCCCCCAAAAGAGCCCAUGAAAGAUGACGUGACGGGCGAGCCCCUUAUCCGCCGCAGCGACGACAACGAGACGGCGCUGCGCUCCCGACUGGAGUCGUACCACCGCCAGACGGCGCCGCUGGUGCAGUACUACAGCGCCAAGGGGCUGCACGUGGCCGUCGACGCCGCCAAGAGCCCCGGCGUGGUCUUCGCCUCCAUCGUGGCCGCUUUCACCGCUGCCGUGGACGCUCCCGCCCGCGCUACCGCCUCCAGGUGAAUGGUGUCCCAUGCGGCCGGAGUAGAGGACGACACCAGGGAGGGUGUGGUCGAGCAGCGAGGACGAGUGUAGACCAAGGCUGACAUCGGCCUUCAAAUUCCUGUGGCUUCAGACCAAAGCCACAACCUUCUUGUCAUUCCUCUUGCUUCCACUUCUUCCAAUAAACCUCACUUCUUUUGCUA